GCGGAUCCUUCAAGAGCAGUAGAUUAAACGAAGGAAAGUAUAUAUUGCCUCCUGGUUAAUAUUCCUAACGGAUCGGAGCCAAUUUUAAUUUUUAUUUUCCUUAUUUUUAAGAUCCUCAGUUACUGUUCGAUUUGAAACGGGUCGGGUUACCCGGAUCCAUUAGCAUCCCAGCGCUCGUGUCCUGUUCUCACAGUUCCCACGCAAUUCCCGUCUUAGCCCGACACGUACGGCGUGCUCUGCCAUGAUCUCUGCUACUUUUGCCCUCGCCCGCCGCCGUCUCCUUGCAGAGAUGAGAUGGAUCCCAAAAUCGCCCCCUACUCGCAAAACUCCGAUCUAAAAUCCGCAAAUAAAUUUAAAGACGAAGAGCAAUUUGAAGAAGAAGAAGAAGAGGGAGUUGGGGAAUUAGUCGAAGAAGUAGAUGAGAAGGAGAGGGGGUGGAGCAGGUUGAAGAAGGCGGCGGUGGCGGGAGCGGCCGUGGCGGCGGCGCCAGCGGUGGUGCCGCCGGCGCUGGCGCUCUCGGCCGUCGGCAUCGCCCUCUCCCUCCCCUUCGCCGCCUGCCUCGCCGCCCUCGCCUGCACCCACUGCCUCAUCCGCGCCCUCCUCCCUUCUUCUUCUCCUUAUCAUUACCAAAGCGGUCGAUCGAUCGAACACCCUCGGUUCGGCUUCGAUCUGUACACGUCGGAUGAAGAUGACGAGUUACUGUACAGUGAGGAAGUGAUAUGGGACCAAAUUGAGGCUUUGCGAACUAUACUGGGAUACAGUGAUACUUUACACUCAUCAUGUGCCGCGGAACUCCGAGCGCUUCUCGUCUUCACCGGAGUAGAGCCGCCUAUCUCUUUGAACGACCCGUUUGAUCCAAUCGGAGUAAGCGAUAAUCUUCGGUUCUUGAAGUUUCUCGUCGGAGUUAAAUGAUCGACGUAGAUGAAGAGAUGAAUUGCAUUGCAAUUCACAGAAAAAAAAAAAAAGAGGCUAAAUUACAGAAAAUCCUCUUGUAAUAACUCGCUUUUUUACUUUUUCUUUCUGACAUUUAAAAAUCUACACUUUGCCUCCUGUAAAAUAAAAAAUGUGCACUUUAUCUCCUACCGUUAGGGUUCCGUUAAAAAAUAUUUUUUUAUGUCGAAAAUAUCUCUCCGCCAUCUUCCUGUUGCUUCGCCUCCCUCCAGCUUGCCACCUCGCGGCCUCGCCGCCUAGCCGCCUCGCCGUCCUCCACUGUCUCGCCCUCCGCCGCCUCGCCUUCGCCUUCUUUGCCCUUCUCCUACUGUCGCUCACCUCGAUUUUCUUCUACUGUCGCCGAAAUCGAGGACGGCGAGGGUGCAGGAGGAGAAGGGGAGCAGGUGGAUAAGGAAAUGGAGGAAAAUCGCGGCCAAUUGAGGUGGGAAUCGCGGCUGAACGAAGGGGCGGCUGAGGAAGAUGGGGAAGAAGACGACAAUGACGAGGGACAAAAUAGUCAUUUUACACACCGUAACCCCCUGUGAAUAUUUUUUAUUUUACAAGGGGCAAAGUGUAGGCUUUUAAAUGUCGGGGGGAAGUAAAAAAACAAAUUAUUAUAGGAGGAUUUUUUGUAAUUUAGUCAUCUGGGAAGUUUGAAUAUGCGGGAUUUUCUCUGCUCGCGGAAAUAUGAGAUAGAUGGAGAAUGUUUGAUUUUUUUUUUCUUACCGUGUUUAUGUAACUUCACUGUGAGAAAGAUUUGCUUUUAGAUUCUAGUCUAGUAAUUAAAAAGACUACAUAUGUAUGUUUGUCAUAGUCCUGUUGUGCUGUAAAAAGCAGGCCAUAGUACCAAAUAAGUGGGUUAUUGAUGAUGAA